AUAUUUUUGGGGGGUUUUUUGACCCCGCUUUGUUGGAAACCCAGUGAACUGUUGUCUGUUCUACCUGCUACUUACUGGAAGAGAAGCUCGAAGAAUGAACAUAUUCAGACGAGAUAAAAGCCCAGCAGCCCCGACUCCGGUGGUUCCACCUCGACCCAGCCAGGAGGAACUAGACAAUCCCAUCACACACAGCCUGAACCGACAGGAUGCAGGAACAACCGCAGCCCCACAGAGAACAGGUGUGAUGGGAGUUAUGCAGAAGGUCAACCCCUUCAAGUCUGCCUCACAGGCCUCCUCUUCAGUCAACAAAGCUGCUUCCUCAGAGUCACUCGAGCAGACGGCAGAGUCCUCACAGAACCCCGGCGUGUUCAAAGGGGUCAUCCAGAAGGUCAACCCAUUCAAGUCUACCUCCCAGGUCUCUAAAGCUCCGUCUGCAGAGUCACUGGAACAGGGACGAGCUUCAGACUCGACUCAGAAUCCUGGUGUGUUCAAAGGAGUGAUCCAGAAGGUGAACCCCUUCAAGUCUUCCUCACAGGCGCCAAAAAGUGAUCCUCAAAAUGAUUCUGCAAAUCCACAAGAAGCUGGAAAAGAACCUCAGGACAAACAGAAUCCAGGGAAGUUCACAGGAAUGAUGCAGAAAGUGAACCCGUUCAAGUCCUCACAGCCAAAGGAUGCCCAGCCUCUGCACAAUGACCUCUCCUCCAGCAGUGGAAGCCUGACCGACGGUAACAACGUGCCAGAGAAGCAGAACCCUGGGAUAUUCAGAGGGAUGAUGAACAAAGUAAACCCCUUCAAGUCUUACACACAGAUGGCGGAUGAUGAAUGUCAGACAGACUCGGCAGCCAAAGCACAGGAGAGCCAAAGCGUCCACAGUGAGAACUCCACCAGCUCUGAAAGCUUGGACGACACCACAAUAGAGAGACAUUCUAUCUGGUAUACAGACGCUGACACCAGCUGUGAGGUGAGAGCUCAGCCAGCGGCGGCCCCAAAGAGAAGAAGGACUUUCAUAAUAAAGAGGAUUCUACCCGGUAGACUGUUUGGUUCUGGAGCGAAGGACUCUUCUGCCACAGAGGAACCCCCUCAGGAGAUAGUUGAAGUUCAGACGCUAGAACUGGCAGAUGUCCCAGUGCCCGGUGAAGGAACAGUCCAGGACCCUCUCGAUGUAUGUUUCUUUUAUCUUCUUCAGUAUUUGUAUGGGGGUAUUAUUGUAGCAAGACUAUUUGUAGAUGUGUAUGGAGAGAAAGUAUUUCCUGAAAAAAAACACAUUUUGUGUCUUG